AUGACGAAGUUAUCCGCGGCCACGCCGACCAAUCCGACAAACCUCCCGGCUCGCUAUGAGAUCCGGAGACUCACAGAAGAACACCUCCCCUUCGCGUGGGCCAUUGUGCUGCAUUCCAACGUAUUCUACUCGCCCGUCUGGCCCAUAGUGUAUCCGGAAAACAAGACGGCGCGGCUCUACGAGGCCUUCCCAGCCGGCGAGUACCUGAUCCGGCACCAGAUUGAGUCGGGCCACAGCUUCGGCGUCUUCGACCUGGAAUACGAGUUCAGGCGCGCGGAAUCCAAGCCCGACGGCAAACUGUACUGGGACAUGCACGAUACGACGCUGGACGCGGACCAGCUCCUCGCGCAGAUGGACUUCCCGCUCGUGAGCGUGGCCAUGGCCUACGACGGCAUCAAUCCGCUCGACAUGGGGAGCGUCAUGCCUUUGAUCGCGUGUCUGCCCUUGUUCGGCACCUUCUACCACGUGCUCGAGACGCUGGACCCCCGGCCCGAAGCGAGCUGGAAGCCCACGGCUGAGAAGCAGCUCCUGCUGCGCAACGCGACCAGCACACGCCGCGACGCCGAGGGCAAGGGCCUCAUGAAGGCGCUGGCGCAGUUCCUGAUGCGCCACGCUCAUGAAGAAGGGUUCAAAGCCAUCCAGAUCGAAUGCUUCGCCGACGCGGUCACCAAGGUGUGGUCGGAGCCGCCGCCGCCCUUUAAAAGCACGGUGGUCUCCGAAUUCAACACCGCCGAGCUCGAGGACGAAGAGGAGGUCGACGGCGUCAAGAGGAAGGUCAAGCCCUACGGGGACAACUGUCGCCAGCGCGCCACCAAGAUUUAUUGCGAGCUGAGACCGAGUGAACCCAACGGCAUGGUAGGGAAGUAG